AUGCCAAAGCGUUCUAUCAACUCUAAGAAUCAUCCACUCUUCCAACUUCACACUCACAGAGCUACUUCAAGAAGAUCUAGUUUCUCUAUUGUUGGUGACGAAAGUGAUUCACCUUGUGUUCCAGAUCACUCUGUCAUUUCCUAUUUCAAUACUCCAGCUGUUAGAUCAGCCAUUGGUGCUACUCAUAUUGGUAAUCCAAAUGGAUGGCAAGUUUGUUCAACCUUCAUUAAUUACACCACCAUCUAUACUACCAUGUUGCCAUUCUAUACCAAGUUGCUUCCUCAAAUUAGAAUUCUUGUUUAUUCUGGUGAUGUUGAUACUGUUUUGAAUACUUUGGGUACUCAAGCUGGUAUUAACAAGUUGGGAUUGACUGUCUCUGUUCCAUACUCUCAAUGGUUGCACAAUGAUGUUAACGGUAAUCCAGUCGUUGAUGGUUUCUAUAAGAAGUAUUCUAAUGGUAGAGGUUUGACCUUUGUUACUGUUCGUGGUGAAAGUGAAACACUCAUCCUACUGAGAAAGUUAUUUAUCGAGCAAGCUCUCCAACAAGAGAAUGAACUGGGAGGUGUUUUCGAUUUUACAUCAUCAAUUGAUAGAAAAAUAGUUUCGGAAGAGAAAAACAAUGAACAGAAUUCUAUUAUUACAACAAGUAGUAGUGAUGAAAGUGAUAAAGAAGGGGUGGAGAAUGAAAAUCAUCAUAAACGUAAAUUAACAAGAAGAAUUCGGAAAGAAGAAAAAACUUGUAAAAAAAAGAAAAUUAAUGAUCAUGAUGAAACUCCAUCGGAAAUAGAUGAAGAAGUAAUAAUUCUAACGAUACAAAAGCAAUUAGAUGAAGAACAAGCAUCUUCAUCAAUUAGGAAGGGAAGGAGACAAUUGGAUUAUACACUAUGUGAGGUUCAUGAUGAUGUUCCGUAUACUUUUCAUUGUCAUCCGAUUGAAAUUGAUAGAAAGACUAAACUUCCUAUUAAUAUGGCCAAUUUAAUAUCAAG